AUGUCACAGAAUCCUACUCAUCAGGUCCAGGUAGCCAUGAACAAUAACGGCCCUGACCUGGCCGCGCAGCAGGCUCUGAAUCAAGCGUGGGUAGAGAAGCAAAGGAGAAUAAAGUUGGUGAACAGGAUCACAGCGAGAAUGGGUGCCGAGAGGGGUGAGCAAUAUCUGCAGUACGACAUGAACGGCAACGUCCGUCCUUAUCGUUACGGUUUCCCGACCCCACCCCCUUCCGACCCAAGGAUCCAUGGACCCAGUGUGAGGUACGCUUCCCGUUACUUCGACUCGACCCAUCUAGAUGAGGCCCAAGCCAAGUACGGGGGUCAAAAGCAUCCCAAGGGUUACAAUAUCCGUCUAAAACGUAUUUUGGGAGCAGGGGGCUACGGAUUCGCAGCUCACAUCGUACACAAGGACCCCAGAACGGGCUUCAAUACUGACUGCGUGAUCAAGAUUGAAAAGUCUCGUCACCACAACAAGUCGGCGCUGAAACGAGAGGAGAAGGCUCUCUGGGUGAAAAUUCCCACCCCCCCUCCCCCAGCUGGGGCCAAGUUGCCCGACCCAGAGAUCCAAGACAAGAAUUGGACUCUCAGGGACUUUGAAAAACAACCCAUUCGCAACUUUGUCAUUCUCGAGAACGCCAAUCUCGGUGACCUAGGCUUGUGGAUCAGCAAGUCUAGCCGUCUUGGAAAGCGUUGGCCUCAGAGAGCCAUCUGGAUGCUCUUCCAAAAUCUCGCCCUCGGUCUGGUUGGUAUGGGUUACCCUCUGAGGGAACAUUACGAAGCUUCGCACCCAGAUUGGGAGUAUCAGAAGCCAAUUGACGAGGAAUUCCCCGAUGACCCAAAAGUCGAACUCCAGGAAACCGUGCACUUCGAUCUUGACCCCAGAAAUGUUCUUUUGGCGAAUAGAUCCAUGUUUCACGGCAACUUCCCGACUUUCAAGAUUGCCGACUUCGGAUUGACCGAGUUUUUCAGCGAGUAUGAGAAUGACCCCGAACACUUCAAUAAGGAGUUUUUCUUGCACUGUCGUUGCAGAGGAAAGCCCGUUUACUACGCACCCGAACAAUUUACCAGAGAGUGGGAGCAGGUGAAUGACAUCAUCGACGACGAUGGCAUCAACCACUUCGUGGCUGACGAUGGAACGAAGCCGCCAGUUGCUGGCAAUUACGGGAUGCAUACAAACAUCUUCCAGGUGGGCAUCAUUAUCUGGUGCGCCAUUACUCUCUGCUCAUUCCAACAGGCUGCCAUUCGUGUCCAUUACAAAGACGCUUGGGGACGAGACAUCACCACCUACGGAGGCGCCCUGCAGAGUGCACAGUUCAACGACAUUGAUCCUGCACUCAAAGACCUGGUACAGAGAUGCAUGGCCCAUAACCCCUCUGAUCGCCCAAAUCUGAGAGAGCUGGUUGCCACGAUCAACAACCGUCUCGCCAGGAAUGACCUGGAGUCGGAAGAUGCUCUGGCCGCGUGGUCCCGUGACUUCUUCACAACCCCUCGUGUUCCCGGUGACGAACCCCCUCGGGUCAAGCGUGAACGCGAGGACGAAGGGGAUGACGCGCAAGGCGAUGCUGGAAGGGGCGCAUCCCGGCGUGCCGUCGACGAUGGCAAUGGCCACCCCGUUGCACUGGAAGUUCAGAGGGUGCAAGCCAGGCAACAGGGAGUCGCUGAUGAGCCGCUGCUCCUCGACGUCUUCCAGCCUCCGGUACAGCCUCAGCCUGUACAGGGAAAUAAUCUUCUCGGGCAAUCAUCUAACAACGGCCCCGUCGUCGCCCCUGGCUAUCCAGCCCUAUCUCCAAUGCCCAUGAUCAGGGAGGAAGGUGCAGCGGCCGCACCUGUAUUCGUCGGCCUCAACAACCAGUACAACCAACCUGCCGCCGUCAACCCACCCGGCGGCUUCGACGUGAGAGCUCAGGCGGCACCGCAGGCGCAGUGGCAACCGCAGAUGCCAGUCAUGCGGCAGCCCAACAAUAUGAACAAUAACUACAUGUUCAACUACGCCGUGCCGAAUCCCAUGGUACAAAAUCCCGAUUUGGGAGCUCAAGCAGGUCUAGCGGCAUACCGUCAGGCCCAGGCAAUUCGGGGCGCGGGACAGAUUCCGUGGAACGCGUAUGCCCCGCCAGGUGAGCCCUUUCUUCAUCAGCCAGUGCCAAAUGUUCAACCCCCUCCGCCUGAAGCUAUACAGCAUCAGGUCGCGCCGCCUGAUGAUCCUAACCCAUACGCCCAAGUCUGGCGAUUCAACUCUGUCCACCAAGGGCCUGCCGAUCCUGAACCAUAUGCUCAAGUUGGGCGACUGGGUCUCACGCGGCAAGAGCAGCAGGCGCGGCAAGAGUGGCAGCAACAGUGGCGACAGCGGCAGCAACAGCAAGAGCGACAGUGGCAGCUAGAGGAACAGCAACGGCAGCAGAGACAACAGCAGAGACAACAGCAGAAUCAGUACAUGCAGGACCCUGGCCCUUCUAGGCAGCCUCAAAUGCAGAUGCAGGCUCUUCUCCAGGAUGCUCAGCAACACGAUAUCGGAGGUAACGAGAUGGAUAUCUUUGAAGAGUUUAUCAAUGACCCCGAUGCCAUGGAGCAGUGA